CUGGAUAUGUGGAGCUCUCCCACCCACUAAUCAUAAUCACCGGCCGGAGCCCCUCUUUUCCAGAAGUGCGGGCCGCCCCCUCCCACUUAUCACCUGGCAGGGAAGAGAGCCUCAGGACCUGCUCCCUCUCAGCCUGGACCCCCACCCAGCUUCCUCUGGGGAGCAAACAACUGAGCAGAGUUCUCCAGUCUGGCCAGACUGAGCUGGGACUGGCACCAGAACCCAAGCCCUCAGCCUCAAACUCUUCAGACCUUGGCCCAACACUUAGGCCUCCUCCCACUUCUCAGAUGAUGCUGCCCAAAGCUGCCUGGAGUUUGUUGCUGAGGAAAGGUGGACGCGGAAGACGAGGGAUGCAUAGCUCAGAAGGCACCGCCCGUGGUGGGGGGAAGACGCCCCCCUACACCAACUGCUAUGCCCAGCGCCACUACCCCAUGCCAGAAGAGCCCUUCUGCACAGAACUGAACGCUGAGCAGCAGGCCCUGAAGGAGAAGGAGAAGGGAAGCUGGACCCUGCUGACCCACGCCGAAAAGGUGGCCCUGUACCGGCUCCAGUUCAAUGAGACCUUUGCGGAGAUGAACCGUCGCUCCAAUGAGUGGAAGACAGUGAUGGGUUAUGUCUUCUUCUUCUUUGGAUUCGCAGCUCUGGUGAUUUGGUGGCAGCGGGUCUACACUUUGGAAAUACUCAGUUCCCACAAUCCUAGUGGAUAGGACCUGCUUUUGACAGUGUUUCCUCCAAAGCCCAUCACCUUGACGGACGAAUGGAAAGCCAAGCAGCUGCAGCGCAUGCUGGACAUGAAGGUCAAUCCUGUGCAGGGCCUGGCCUCCCGCUGGGACUAUGAGAAGAAACAGUGGAA